CAAAAACGUAGUCCCCUUAUAGGGUUCUACCCCUACCCUGUGAAUUCCAACAAACUCAAUAAAGCUGCAAUCCUGUUAAGAGGCUUGUGUCUCAUGAUUCAACUAGCCUUGGUGAUCUUUCAUCUAGUUUUUAAGAUUUAGGGAAAGAGGAAUUCCAGCCUGGAGUACUAUUUACAAGACAUGACGUGACUAUGCACUCACCCAGUGCACAUUGUACCUUCCGCCAGCGCUCACUUCUACAGCAGUAAUGACGCAACUGACGCAAUGCCGACAUUCAUGACUCUUUACAAAAUCUUUCAUCUUCAUGUUUCUCAGCAUCGUUACUCUCACGCAGUGCAAACGUAUCCGAGCUCCCUUACCUCGAUCCAAAAUGUCCGACUCACCAGACGGUCCCUCCAUAAGGGAAGAAGGGCGCUCUCAAUGUUCUCAGGACGAAGAAAACUCACUGCCGUCCCAUGCGCCUACCGUAUUUCACACUCCGGAGACCCUGGAGAUGAUCCUGCUAGACCUGAAUAUGCUCACAUUGCUGAUUUCACGUCGCGUCUGCCACACGUGGAACGAAAUUAUCAAGUCCUCGCUCAGAAUUCAACAGGCGUUAUUCUAUAGCCCACUUGAGAGCAAGCCACCAGACCAACAAGCUAUGAAGAAUCCGCUCGUGGUUGACAAGAUAUGGUUCGACUUUCUCAGAAAAGAACUUGACUCACGGUUCAGAGUCUUCGUUCCUCUCGGCGGGGGAAAUCGCCGGAUUCCCCGCAUCGCGUCCGAAAAAAAGGAGAAGGCGUAUAUGCGUGCCGAGGCGAGUUGGAGACGGAUGCUUCUCCAACAGCCUUCAACGGAUGUUGUUCGUUUCUGGAACCCGAAAAGCCCCAACAUUCCCAUUGGGUGGUUUGCUGAUAUGGCCGAUACCCACGCCAAAUGGAUGCCUAAUAAAGAUCACAUUCGUAUGGAGAGCGUGGCAUAUUGGAUAGACACUGGGGCGCUUUCACCGGGACCUCUCCCAUUUCUAUGCUGGGAUGAUCCAAUUAUCAUGGGGAAAGCUGGAGGCCGCCGGAGAUUGGCUCGAGAUUCCAUUCUUUCUGGACACCUACUCCGGUUUGAUCUCACUAUCAACACCGAAUCUUACGGAUCAGGAGUAUGGUGGGGCUCUGCAAAUACUCCAGUAAAGCCUUCGACAUUGAAUAUCUGGAGUCACAGAGAAGAAGUCCAACUGCUGCAAGGAGAGCCAGCGGUCUGUUCAGCUGUCGAGAAAAUUCGCCGAGAUGAAAAAGCUCACUUGCUACGGAGUCCUUACCGACUCUGA